AUGAAAGAAGAGAUGGAGGAAGAAGAAGAAAAACUAUCACCAGAGAGAUUAUGGCUGAAGAAGACAUUGCGAGAAAUAAAAAGAAGAUGGGACACGUUUUGGGACAUACACUUCGUUUAUUUCAUGAGGAGCCGUACAGAGAGAGAUACGGAACUUAGGACGGAUAAGGGCAUGGUACCAUGGGCGAUUCUUUUGUUUGGAGUAAGUCUGAACUCAGGACACUACAUCCGCAAAGCUGAGAAUGACAGUCCAAGCGUAUACAAAGUUGAGAACGACCCGUCUAGCGUAACUUUCACCAACCCUAAGGGAGACAAGCGGACGCUGCGCGAGAUUCUGUAUUACCACAUCGUUGAGCGCCCUAGAAAUGAACCAGUGGCAACCGAACGUUCAUUCACCAACAGCCAUGGCUACCAGUUCUUCGAUCUAGCACCACUAGCAGAUACGUACGACGACAAAUAUCUAGAAGAUGGUAGCUAUGUGGAAGAAGAUAAUCAAGAAGAUGGUAGCUAUGUGGAACAAGAUAAGGAUCUAGAAGAUGAUGGGAGCUAUAAAGAAGAUCAGGAUGCUGAGGAGAGUGAGAACAACGUAGAGGAACUAGAAUUACCGACGACUCAAAAGCCGCUUACUGACGAAGAGGUGAAAGAAGCGUUCAAGGCAAGAAGCUACCUUUUCGAUCAAAUGAGGCAACGGGAUUAUAAAAAGCGAAUGGCUCAGCUUUCUUUGAAAAGAAGAAAAAGACAAACUGAAAUGGAGUCUGCCCCUGAUGCUUCCAGUUACGAUAGCAAGGCCGCCUACAUGCAACCUAAGACAUAUGGAAUGAACCUCAAUGGUGAUACGGGCUAUGUUUGGAAUAAUUUGAACAACCCCCCAACAUACUUCGACGUCGGAAAUACGGAUGGAAACUCUGAUCAGGGAUCACCAAAUCAAGAAAACAUUCCAACCAGUGAAAACGCUUACAUUCCCCCCGUUGAACCCAACGAGUCAGAAAGUUCUGAAGACAUAUACAUUGUUACUAAUAGACCUAGCGCACAGCCGUUAGGAACUAUACCAGAAACUGCAAAUCCAGAACCUAGUAAUGAAAGUCCAGAAGUCAUUAAUGAAAAUCCAGGACCUAUUGAGUAUCCAGCACCAAUAAAUGAAAAUCCGGAGCCUAUUAAUGAAAAUCCUGGACCAGUAACUGACUAUCCAGCACCAAUAAAUGAAAAUCCUGAACCAAUAAAUGAAUACCAGCCGCCAAUCAAUGAAAAUCCUGGACCUAUUAAUGACUACCCAGCACCAAUAAAUAAUCCAGAGCCUAUUAAUGAAAAUCCUGCACCAGUAAAUGAAUACCCAGAGCCAAUCAAUGAAAAUCCGGAACCUAUUAAUGAAUAUCCGGCACCAAUAAAUGAGAAUCCUGAACCAACUGACAAUGGAGCAACGUACCCUGUUGAACCAAUAAUAAAUGACGAUAAUUCAAAUACAAAAUUAGAAAACGAAGGUUUUGCGACCAACGAACCUGAGAUCUAUGAAAACCCUGAACUCAAUCCAGUACAGCCAGAAAUUACUGGACCAAGUGUUCCACAAGAGGGGGUUGACCAAGAGUAUCCAAUAAAUGAGCGUCCUGUUGAGGAGUCCAGUGAAAAUCCUGGAAAUGGUUAUGAGCAGCCAGGAAGGCCUAAGCUGGAUGGUUCGCCUGAUGAGAGUUCGGAAGGAGAUGAUUACUAUAAGAAUAUACCAGUAGCACCCACUCUUCCACCUCUAAACUACGAAGGCUUGCCUGACUAUAUCAGAGAAACCAUUUCGUCUUCGGAGAAACCGGCAACCUACGAACAAACGGACAACCCCUACGCUAACCCUCAACCGAACCCCGAAGACACGGAAGUCUUGCACGACCAGAUGGAAGGCAUAUUCGCGACCAUGCAACCCGUGGAAGACAUACCUAAGACGUAUGGCAUGAAUCUGACGGGGGAGGGCGGGCAUGUAUGGAAUGAUAUGAACAACCAACCUGUGUCCUACGAUGUUGGAACACCUAGCCAACCAGAAGAGGAGCACAACGAAGAACCAGCACCUGUAUCCGAAGAACCGGAAAUUCGCGAUCCAAAUACAACUGAACCCGAAAAUGAAGGACCUAUUGCUAAUCCAGAACCCAGCCAAGUACCAGAGAUACAUGAAAGUGGAGAAAAUAUGCCUAUUGAAGAGGAACCUAUUGCUAACCCUAAUGAAGAAAACCAUGAGCCCAUUCCAGAAAACAAUAUGCCGAUUGAAGAACCUGUGCCUGUACAACCUGAACCUACACUUGAGCCUGAGAAUCCUGAGCUGGUAUCAGAACCAGAAACCAAAGAACCCGCUAAUCCUGAAUUCGUACCGCAGCCAGGAAAUGAAGAACCCGCUAAUCCUGAAUUAGUACCUGAACCAGGAAAUCCUGAGCUAAUACCUGAACCAGUCAGCGAACAACCUGAAAACCCUGAACCUCUGCCGGAUCCCGACAAUCCUGAACCUGUACCGGAACCUGGAAACCAAGAACCAGGAAAUCCUGAGUUGAUACCAGAGCCUGGAAAUGGCGGAACGGAACAGACCAGCGAAGAGCCAAGUGAAGAACCACAUGAUUUAAACUUAAAACCGGAUAUCAUGAGCGAACUGCUUAAGAGCGAACAAUUCUGGAAGUGGCUCGGAGAAUGGACGUCAACCUACAUGGAACUAUUAGAGAAGCACAUAAGGAAAAUAGCGAGACAAGAAAUAUGCAACCGCGAGAAAUCUGGUGAACAAAUGUGCCCUCUGGAAGACGAAUCUGAAAAUAAUAAUGACGGAGUCAUAAUCAAGGAUGGAAAAAUCAUUAUAGAUGGCAGAGAAAUAGAUUUAACACGCACAGAUAAUUUAAAUAUAGAUCUUAAGAGAGGCCAUCACUACAAUAAAGGUGAUAAAGAUAAAAUAAAUAAAAACGAGAAUAAAGUAGACGCAUCUACAAUUUACGGUAAUUCAGUAGGAAAUGAAAAAGUAACAAAUGUAUUUAUAUUUACUGCUGAUAAAGCUGAUGAGGUCUUAGAGAAUAUUAAGCCGGACGAGUCUGAUGAGGAAAUCAUUAUUGACGAUAGGAUAAAGGAAGAAAAUGAAGAUAAAAAUAAGGAAAUUGAUACUGAGGCAUCAGAAUCGGUCGUAGGGAAUACUGAAGAAACAGAUGAAGGUGAGGAGAAUAAGGAAGAAAUUGAUAAUAAAGAAACAAACGAAGGCGAGGCUAGCGAGCAAGAAAAUGAAGAUGAUAAUAUAAACGAAGAAGAUGGAGAAAUUAUAGAAAUCAAACAAACCGAUAGUGAAGGUAGUAACGAAGAUCUAAAUAAAAAUGUACCAAAUAAUGAAUCUUCGAGCGACAUCGAAGAAUUAGAUAAAGAUGAAGAACCUAGUGAAAGCGAAUCAAAUUAGAAAAUUAUAUUUGUUUAACUAUUAGCUAAUUAGAGUUAAGAUAUUAUGAAAUAGAAGAGAUUUUACUUAAGCGAACAAUUAAUGCUUCGACAAUGUCAGCUAAUGUGCUCUGUAUGGCUAUAAAAAUGUCUACACUUAAUAAUGAUUAGCUUGUAACUAUUAUUGUUCUUUAAACUUUAGAUCACAUUUUUAUUUAAGAUUUAUAUUAGAAUUUCGUUGUUUAUGCGUUAUUCAAUGGAUUGUUGUUGAACGUGAAUUAAUUAAA